UUGUUUAACAAAUAAGCACUCCGCCUCCCUGCUUAAACAUAAACAUAAACUUUAAACACUCCGCCUCACUGCUUCUAGGGCAAAUCCCCGCUUCACUGGCGUCGUCGGCACUCAAUCCAAGCGGCCAUCGUCGGCGGCGGCGGCGGCAAUAAACGGCCAUCGUCGGCACUCAGACUCCUCUCCAUCUCCGGGGCCAAACACAUUGGUGGUUGUACACGUACAUUCUCUGAUCAGUCUUAUGCUUUCACCGUGCAUUUGCAGAAACAAAAUGGAACAUCGUAUGUGGAUGUACGAUAGGAAUCUUCCUAAUCGGUGGGGUUUAAGAGAUGAAUUUGUACAGGGUGUUGAUGAGUUUAUUAAUCAUGCUAAGUCAUUUAGCCAAAAUAAGGGGAUGAUUAGGUGCCCUUGUGCGAAAUGCAAGUGUAGAAAAUGGUUGAAACUAGAGGAUGUUAAGACUGAUCUAUAUAGUAAGGUCUUUAUGGAUAAUUACUAUGUGUGGACUAGCCAUGGAGAGGCUGAGGGUAGUGAUGGUAAUAUUUAUAACCAUAAUUUUGAUAUUGGUGAAAGUAGUCAAGAUCCUAGAUUACAUGAAAUGGUUAUGGAUGCUUUUGGAAUGUAUAAUGAGGGUGAGAACCAACAAUAUGUUGAUCAAGUUCCCAAUGAAGAGGCAAAUCAUUUUUAUGCACAGUUAGAGUCUGCUAGUCGUCCACUUUCCGAUCUGUAGCGACUAGACUACUAAGUAUUAAACCAGAUGCCAGUGUUUCUCAAGCGGGCAUGGACUCUAUGAUUGAGCUUAUGAAAGAACUUAAUCCGAACCUAGACAUACCCGAUAAUUACUAUAAGGCAAAGAGAUUGGCUUCCAAGUUAGGACUUUCUUCAGAGAGAAUUGAUUGUUGUGAAAAGGGUUGCAUGUUGUAUUAUAAGGAUGAUGCAAUUUUAGAGAAUUGUAAAUUCUGUGGAAUGUCUAGCUUUAAACAGCUUGCCAGCGGGAAUAAGGUUUGCGGUUAAGUCUAUGCAUUAUUUACCUCUUAUACCAAGGCUAAAAAGGUUGUAUGCAUCGAUGAGUUCUACUCCACGCAUGAGACGCACUUAGGAAUGACAUCGACUCCCUCAAGGCUUAAGUGAAUCACUUAAUCGGUCUGCCUCACUCUCCGCCAAAAAGCCACAUUCAUGAAGAGGAUGAAAGUGAUGAAAAUAAUAUAAAUCAUGAAGAAGAUAGGGGGGAAUCCGAAGACGAGGAGUGAUUUUAUGUUUGGUUGGAUUGUUGUUUAGUUGGAUGUUAACUUUGAAUGUUACACUUUGAAGUUUGGUUGGAUAGUUUUGAUGUUUGGAUAGUUUAUAAAGUUUUGUUGUUGUUAA